GCAGGAGGCAAUUUUAAUAAAUGUAUGCGUAACCGUGUCUGGGCUUAGGGGGAAAUCUGAAAUUUAAGAAGUCUAUAUUUAUGUAUGUAUUUAAAAAUAUAUAAUUAUUAUUUUCAGGGAGCAAUUGUAAGCAGUUAUUACGGAUACAACGUGGUCGCUGCGUGUGAGACCUCAACCGGCCUCGGUCGAAGCCAGGAGCUGGAGUUUGAACGACCCGGGGCGUAAUGGCGGUAAACUUGGACAAGGAAGCCUAUUACCGCCGGAUCAAGCGGCUAUAUGCCAACUGGAAGAAAGGGGAGGAUGAGUUUGGGAAGGUGGAUGCCCUUGUGGUGUCGGUCGGAGUGGACGAGGAGAUUGUCUACGCGAAGUCCACUGCCCUCCAGACGUGGCUAUUUGGCUACGAGCUGACCGACACCAUCAUGGUUUUCUGCGAGUCCAAGAUCCUCUUCCUCGCCAGCAAGAAGAAAGUGGAGUUUCUCAAGCAGGUGGCUGUCACCAAGGGCAACGAAAACGCCAACGGCCUGCCCCCCGUCACUCUGCUCGUGAGAGAGAAGAACGAGAGUAACAAGGCGAACUUUGAGAAGAUGUUGGAGGCGAUUCGGGCGAGCCGGGAGGGGAAGUCGGUGGGCGUGUUCGUCAAGGACAAGUUCCCCGGAGAGUACAUGAAGAGCUGGAACGACACGCUCACUGCAGAGGGCCUGGAGCGGGUGGAUAUCAGUGCAGUGGUGGCGUAUACCAUGGCGGUAAAGGAGGAUGGAGAGCUGGCUCUCAUGCGCAAGGCGGCGGGGAUCACCAGCGAGGUCUUCACUAAGUUCUUCAAGGAGAGGGUGAUGGAGAUCGUGGAUGCAGAAGAGAAAGUGCGGCACAGUAAGCUGGCGGAGUCGGUGGAGAAGGCCAUCGAGGAGAAGAAGUACCUUGGGGGGGCCGAUCCCUCUACAGUGGAGAUGUGCUACCCGCCAAUCAUCCAGAGCGGCGGCAACUACAGCCUCAAGUUCAGCGUGGUCAGUGAUAAGAACCACAUGCACUUUGGGACGAUCACCUGUGCCAUGGGGAUCAGGUAUAAGUCCUACUGCUCUAACCUGGUGCGCACGCUCAUGGUGGACCCGCCACAGGAAAUGCAGGACAACUACAACUUCCUGUUACAGGCGGAGGAGACGCUGCUCAGCCAGCUCAAGCACGGGGUGAAGCUGUGUGACGUGUAUAAUGUUGUGCUGGACUUUGUGAAGAAAGAGAAGCCAGAUCUGGUGGCAAAACUGACCAAAAACCUGGGGUUUGUGAUGGGGAUUGAGUUCCGUGAGGGAUCCCUCGUACUGAACAGCAAGAACCAGUAUAAACUAAAAAAAGGUAUGGUGCUCAGCAUCAGUCUGGGAUUCUCUGACCUGGUGAAUAAGGAGGGGAAGAAAGAGGAGCAGAAGAAAUAUGCGCUCUUCAUCGGAGACUCCAUACAGAUCAACGAGGAGGAGGCUGCCACAGUUCUUACUCCGGUGAAAAAGAAAAUCAAGAACGUGGGCAUCUUUUUAAAGAACGAGGAUGAGGAGGAGGACGAAGAGGACGCAGACGAAGCCGAGGAGCUGCUGGGAAAAGGAGCACGGGCGGCCCUGCUGACGGACCGGACCCGGAAUGAAAUGACAGCGGAGGAGAAGAGGCGGACCCACCAGAGGGAGCUGGCCAAUCAGAUGAACGAGGAGGCAAAGCGGCGCCUGACGGAGCAGAAAGGAGAGCAGCAGAUCCACAAGGCUCGGAAAUCCAACGUCUCGUACAAGAGCGUGUCCCAGAUGCCCCGGGAGCGCGACAUUCGGGAGAUGAAGAUCUUCAUCGAUAAGAAGUACGAGACCGUCGUCAUGCCCGUCUUCGGCAUCGCCACGCCCUUCCACAUCGCGACCAUCAAGAACAUCAGCAUGUCGGUGGAGGGCGACUACACCUACCUGAGGAUAAACUUCUACGUCCCCGGCAGCUACCUGGGCCGACAGGAGGGAAACAUCUUCCCCAACCCAGAGGCCACCUUCGUCAAGGAGAUAACGUACCGCGCCUCUAACCUCAAAACGGCGGGCGACCCCUCGGUGCCCUCCGCCAACCUGCAGAACGCCUUCCGCAUCAUCAAGGAGGUGCAGAAGCGCUACAAGACCCGGGAGGCCGAGGAGAAGGAGAAGGAGGGCAUCGUCAAGCAGGACUCGCUGGUCAUCAACCUCAACCGCUCCAACCCCAAGCUCAAAGACCUCUACAUCCGCCCCAACAUCGCCCAGAAGAGGAUGCAGGGCUCGCUGGAGGCCCACACCAAUGGGUUCCGUUUCACCUCAGUUCGUGGGGACAAGGUGGACAUCCUGUACAACAACAUCAAACACUCCGUAUUCCAGCCCUGUGACGGAGAAAUGAUCAUCGUCCUGCACUUUCACCUCAAGAACGCGAUCAUGUUUGGGAAGAAGCGGCACACGGACGUGCAGUUCUACACGGAGGUGGGCGAGAUCACCACGGACCUGGGCAAGCACCAGCACAUGCACGACCGCGACGACCUCUACGCCGAGCAGAUGGAGCGCGAGAUGCGGCACAAGCUCAAGUCCGCCUUCAAGAACUUCAUCGAGAAGGUGGAGACGCUCACCAAGGAGGCGCUGGAGUUCGAGGUCCCCUUCCGAGACCUGGGGUUCCAGGGCGCCCCCUACAGGAGCACCUGCCUGCUGCAGCCCACCUCCAGCUCUCUGUGCAACGUCACCGAGUGGCCCCCGUUCGUAGUGACUCUCGACGAGCUGGAGUUGGUCCAUUUCGAGCGAGUGCAGUUCCACCUGAAGAACUUUGAUGUGGUGAUCGUCUACAAGGACUACAGCAAGAAGGUCACCAUGAUCAACGCCGUGCCCGUCAACUCCCUGGACCCAAUCAAGGAGUGGCUGAAUUCCUGUGAUAUUAAGUACACGGAGGGAGUGCAGUCUCUGAACUGGACCAAGAUCAUGAAGACAAUUGUGGACGACCCCGAGGGGUUUUUUGAGCAGGGCGGCUGGUCCUUUCUGGACCCGGAGAGUGAGGGAAGCGGAGGGGAAGGAGGAGACUCUGAAUCUGAAAUGGAGGAUGAGACCUUCAACCCUUCAGCUGAGGAAGACGAGGAGGAGGAGGUGGACAGUGAUGAAGAUUACUCCUCCGAGACUGAGGACUCCAACUACAGCGCUUCUCUGGGAUCAGAAGAGGAGAGUGGGAAGGACUGGGAUGAGCUAGAAGAGGAGGCCAGGAAAGCGGACAGAGAGAGUCAGUAUCAGGAAGUAGAGGAGACCACCACCAGCAGGAAGAGGAAGGGCCGGUCAGCUCCGCCCCCCAGCAGCAAGAAGAAGAGACGCCACUGAACCUUGUCCUGAACUAUGUACAUAUGAACACGCAUACACUGUACACAGGCAUAUGAACACACAUACUGUACACAG